CUCCGAUCUCACUGGGAAUUCAGAGGGAAGGACACUGCCAGAGCUAGUAGCACGAAGCUAAGCUCCGUGAGAGAAAGAGAUAGAGUAUUCGAGUAUGGCCGUUGCUUCUUGCUUUCGUCUACUUGCGACCAUUCUUCUUCUUGCAAUGGCUGGUCGCUGCUCCUCGCAGCAAAUGGAUCAUAUCCAACUCAACAGAAUUGCAGACUCGAUUGACGACCUCACUCAGGUGGUGCAUGCACAAGCGGUUGCCUCAUUGAAAGUCGCCUCACAAAUCAUGAGAUUGUUCACCUUGAUGGCCACAGAUCAUCUUGUCUGUGAGAGGGGUUGGUUUAAGCUGAGAUCCUCCUGUUACUUCAUUAAUGAAGACACCAACACUUGGGAGGAGAGCCGUCAGAAGUGCAUAGCCUUCAAUUCUGACUUGGUCAAGAUAACUCAUGACGACGAGUACAACUUCCUCGGCAGUGAGUAAAAGUAAUCGUGAGUUUAAAUGUAAAGAAACCACCACAGUAGUAACAUCAAGUUGCUUAAUCAAACAGAUAAGUCACUGUUCUAAGCUCAAAGACACCUUUUCGAGGAUUUUAAUCUUAAAAUCAUUUAACACAUUAUAAUUUAAUAGUAAGUUGCUUGUAUGGAGAUGGUAGAUAAAAUAAAUAGUAAGAGGUAAUAAAAUGUAAUUCCAAUGACAAAUAAAGGCUUCAUUCAAAAUAUAUGAACAACAUUAUCAAAUAUCAUCGCUUAUUAUACCUAUUAAAAAUUAACACUUUCCCUGUCAUACCCAAUAUAGUAACAUGUACAAAAUUUCAUUCAAUCACCAGGCAAAAUGGCUUGUCAUUUUUGUAUAUCAAAUACAUUCAGUAAAUAUAUACAAAGUAAAAAGAACAUAUGAAUACUACAUCAUAUAAUUGUAAAAAAAAAUCUAUCCCAGACCAUUGACAGCACUGUAGUCUCUUACACAACAGUUAAUUACAUAAGCAGUUUUAAAUGGAAUGCAUGUAAGUUUACAAAUUAUAUAAGUCUAAAUUUCUAAAGAGUAGUGCAUCAAUACAGGGGGUAUUUCAUUGGAACUGUUUUUAGAAUUACAACUUUUGACAAAAUUCAACAGAAGUUAAAUAAAGGACAUAAUUUUCAAUUCAGAACUACAUUUCCAUAAUAACUAUUCUUCUUCAUCUGACUCAUCACAUUCCUCUGCUUCACUAUCAUUGUCACUUUCCUCAUCAAGAACUUUUUCAGUUUGAUAAGUAAGACAAUCAGGAAUGAUGGGACCAAUAAACCAAUUCAGCGUGUAUAUUCCAUUUUCCUUAGUCCACCCGUUGCAAUGUGGAUCAAGGUGAUUAAUGUCUCUUUCAUUUGAUGAUUACACGGUUUGGCAAUGAAGUUUGCACGGAGGAUGUGCUGCUUGAGGGAUGCUUAGUAUGGGGGGGAAGCAUAGAUGGCUCCAUUCCUUUGAUAUUUUUUUAAAGGAGUGUUAGAGUCUUUGUACUGAUACUUCACAGUGAAUAUGCUGAAGUGAGCUGUAUUAACGUCUUAAGUUUUGUGUGUUUUGCCCAUACAAAACACACCCAAACUCUUCCAGAAUAAGGUGCUAUGUCUCUUCACUGCAGAGGAGCCAAGUUCUCCAAAUGCUCUUCAGAACCUUGGAUAAUACAAUAUUUAAUAGAUGUAGUUUUCUUUUGCCCUAAAUUACAGAAUAUUCGCAGCCAGUGAAUGCAUGCAAACAAAGUAAUGCUUAUCAAAGCAAUGUUACAUCUAUAUACCUCCGACUGUUGUUUAAAUUUCCGACGUCCGUAUAAACUGUAAGUGAAUAAUUCAAACCUGCAUGAUAAAAAAGAAUCACCAGCACAUCAGUUUCAUUGAUGUGGUUAUAGUUCAGUAUGAAUAUGCUUCACAUGCUGCAUCAUCUUUGUAUCAACUUCAAUGUGAGAACUCACCAGUGGCUUAUAGGAAGCAAAGAAAGGAUGUCUUGAAGGAAGAGGAUGACACGCCUGUAGAGAAAUUCCUUGGCCUAGUCUGUUCACCAAUGGUGAUGCUGAAACCAGCUACUGAGUUACAAUCAAUGAAACCUUCGGUACAACUUAAUACUUAUUUUUGAGUAUGUGUCAACUGACAAAAUGAACCUAUGUUGCAGAUAUCCUGCAAAUAUUCGUUAAUAUACAGUUGCUUCAUCUUUGAACUUAACAAGUAGGUUAGUCAAACUUCUUUCCCCACCGUUAUCCCUACAUGAAGGGGUCAGUUGCCUGAUGCGCCUUCUCCACUGCCUUCCAGCAAAAGCAUCAUCCUCCACCAAACCUCUUUCCUCCACAUCUUUCUCCACUUUACUACACCAUCUAAUUCUCUGUCUCCCUCUCGAUCUUCUUCCUCUAAUAGGUUCCUCCUAAGCCCUCUUCACUCCCUUCUAGUCAUCCAUCCUCAACACAUUCCCGUCCCACCUCAAUUGACAUCAAAACAUCACUUUUCUUGGGAUUCAAUCGAAUGUUUUCUCUAGGACUAUAAAUGCACGAUAGAGCCUCUGGUUUUCCUCUAGCCUCUGUUCCUGUAACUGUCUUACUAUGAAUACUAUGGAGAUGGCAUUCACUGUCUCUCUUACUCUUAUGAAAAUAACAUCCAACAUUUAUUACACUAUUAUUAAUCUUGUUAUAUAUUGAUACAACAAUUAUCUUUACAACACUUGCGCACUAGGCACUGCAGGAAAUUGCAGUCACUUUAAAGACUAUUAGACCAAUUUCAAAAGCAAUAAUUGACAAGUUCAUCUGUCUUCGCCAAAUGUGCCACAAUCAUACUUUAAUCCAUAAGAAAAACAAGAACCAUCCAUUGUGGGGGAGGGGGGGGGGGAAGUUCCAUGCAUUCAUGCAAAUACAAGGGAAAUAGAAUAAUUAGAUGAAUAACUGUCAGAAAUCCUUUCCACCUUUUGUAA